UUCUUAGCCUUUACGCUUCUAUCUCACAUCCAUGUGCUUAACCCCAUCAAUCCCGAUAAAACUUUCUCCAACAAAAUCCCAUGCACAAGUCAAUAGAUCUCUAUUAAUGUUAAUAAUAAUAACAACCCAUUAGUUGUCCUAAUUAGACCCAUGAUCUCCACCUCCUCCUCUUAUCCAUAAGAAAAAAAAAGGUAGAGAGGGAGAGGGGGGGAAAAAAUGGGGAGCAUGGAUGAUCAUCCUCGCAAACCAACGCAUACCAGGAACUGCACGACGAGGUCCAACUUGAAGAUUGUGUUGCUAUUGGUGUCAACAAACUUAGUCUCUAUAUUUUUCUUCUCCGGUGUCGGCUCAUCAGCGCUCCGCGCAAAAUGGUGGGGUGGCUACGCCCCGAGCAUCCACUUGUGGGACUCGGAGGCACUGCUCCGCGAACUCAAUGCCACUAAGUUCGAGCUCUCUAAGUAUCAAUCUGAGUCCUUUGAGCUGCACAAGCGUCUAGGAGUUGCAAACUCCCUCCUUCAAACUCUCCUCACGGAUAUGGGCCGGACCCAAUCGGCCCAAUUGGCCCAAUGGGCCGAUGGGUGGGCCCGGGAGCCCACCGCAGAGCUAAAGCUCGCGGUGGGGCCCCAUAAGCUUCCAUUGGGUUACACCGCCAACCUCGGCGCCGACGAGCUCUACCCGACGCUCGGCACGGCGUGCCGCCGGUUCCAGGACGAGCUGGAGCAGUACAUGCGGUACGACGUCGGCGGCGAGUGCCCGCCCGACGACGUAUUCGCCCAGCGGCUGAUGCUGAAGGGCUGCGAGCCCCUCCCGCGGCGGCGGUGCCACCCGAAGACCGCCCGCGGGUACGUCGAGCCCGUCCCCUUCCCCGCGAGCCUCUGGACGAUCCCGCCGGACACGAGCAUCGUGUGGGACGCGUACACGUGCAAGAAUUACUCCUGCCUAGUGAACCGCAAUAAGGAGAAGGGUAGCUACGAUUGUAAAGAUUGCUUCGACCUGGCGGGACGGGAGAAGGACCGGUGGCUCCGCGAGAUCGGCGAGCUCGACUUCGGCAUCGACGACGUGCUGCGGACGCGCCGGCCCGGGACGGUGCGCAUCGGGCUCGACAUCGGGGGCGGGACCGCGACGUGGGCGGCGCGGAUGCGGGAGCGCAACGUGACGGUCGUGACGAGCUCGAUGAACUUCGACGGGCCCUUCAACAGCUUCAUCGCGUCGCGGGGGCUCGUCCCCAUGCACAUCAGCGUCGCGCAUCGGCUUCCGUUCUUCGACAACACCUUGGAUAUCGUGCACUCCAUGCACGUACUCAGCAACUGGAUCCCGGACGUUAUGCUGGAGUUCGCACUGUAUGAUAUAUUCCGGGUUUUGCGGCCCGGGGGUUUGUUUUGGCUCGACCACUUCUUCUGCGUCGGGGAUCAGAUGAACGCGACGUACGUGCCGAUGUUCGACCGGAUCGGGUUCCGGCGGCUGCGGUGGAACGCGGGGCGGAAGCUCGACCGGGGGAUCGAGAAGAACGAGUGGUACCUCUCGGCGCUGCUUGAGAAGCCUAUGACUUAAAAGAACGAAAAACUGCAGUCUGCCUAUCAUCCAUUUUGCUGUGUCAUAUCUGAAAUCUCACGACAUAAAGAUGAAAUGAAGUAAGGAUGAGGCAAUAACUUUUUUUUAGAGGAAGAUUAAUGAAAGAAAAGUAGUUGAUUAAAACUUCAUUGUUUUUGUUUUAUGAGAUAUAAAUUGAGAUAUAAAAAAAGAGAAGUGUAAUGAUAAAUGAUGCAAGUGUACUGCUGUGAGAAAUGUGUACUUCAUGAAAUUAACCAAUUAGCUAUUGAAAUAUUUGAAGUGUUUUUCCAAUUUGAAUGCAAAUA